UGAUUUAAAAUUAAAAAAUAAAAAAAAAGUGAUUAUCUGUGAUGAGUGACUCGGAACAGCGGCAACUGCACGUGCCUUAUAGAGAGUACCAAAGUCAGAACAAUUUUAACAAUCAAAAUCAAGGAGCUGGUUUCGGAGAUUCCGAGGCGCUGGUAGACUUGUCGAUCACACCGCCCUCUUCCUCCUUGCUGACCUUGGAACCAGUUCCUGUUCCAGUUCCUCCGCUGUUGCUGCUGACUCCUGGAGCUAGUUCGGAGGACGCGGCUAAUUUUUUUCCACCCAGUAAUACAACUAAUAAUAUUAAUAAUAAUAGUAAUAGUAAUACUAAUAAUAGUAAUAUUGAGGACCUUCCGGACGUGGAGUUUGCACCUACAAGCAACGAUAUCCACGCAAACAUUGAUUCCCCGGGGAUUGACCGGGAGAGCCAGCCUCUCCUUGGUCGGCUGGAAUUUGAUGUUACUUUUAAUAGAUUUCCAGAUGAUCCACAAUUUUCGGAGCUUGUCUGGCAAGCAGAAUGCGCGAUAGACAAUGGGAUUUAUCCGGAAAGAAUUUAUCAAGGGUCCAGUGGUAGUUAUUUUGUUAAAAAUCAAGCUGGGAAAAUAAUUGGAGUGUUCAAGCCAAAAGACGAGGAGCCUUACGGCCGCCUGAACCCAAAAUGGACAAAAUGGAUGCACAAGCUGUGCUGCCCCUGUUGCUUCGGGCGAAGUUGCUUGAUCCCUAACCAAGGUUACCUCAGCGAAGCCGGAGCGAGUUUGGUCGACCGAAAGCUGGGCUUAGGAGUAGUUCCCAACACGCGGGUGAUAAAGCUGGUCAGCCGGACGUUUAACUACCCGCGAAUCGACAGACAGAAGACCAGGAUGAAGCAGGCGAUCAUGGACCAGUUCCCGGCCGUCGGUUCUCAGUUUAAGAGGAUCGGGCUGCCGCCUAAAAUCGGUUCCUUCCAGCUCUUCAUGGACGGCUACAAGGACGCGGAUUACUGGCUAAGGAGGUGGGAGAGCGACCCGCUGCCCACUAAACUCGCCCGUGAUUUCCAGCUCCAGUUCGAGCGGCUGGUUAUCCUGGAUUAUAUUAUCAGGAAUACUGAUCGUGGAAACGACAAUUGGCUGAUAAAGUACGACCCGUCAGCUGCGAAGACGAUAGAGGGCGGAGAAGUUAAAAUAGCUGCCAUUGACAACGGGCUGGCUUUCCCAUUCAAACACCCGGACUCCUGGAGAGCUUAUCCUUAUCAUUGGGCCUGGCUUAGUCAAGCUAAGUUGCCGUUCAGUGAUGUCACAAGGGAACUCGUUCUACCUCAGCUGUCGGAUCAGAAUUUUAUUCAGGAUCUGUGUGAUGAUUUAUAUCAUUUGUUUAAGCAAGACAAAGGCUUUGACAGACACAACUUCGACCGGCAAAUGAGUGUGAUGAGAGGACAGAUACUGAAUUUACAACAAGCUUUAAAGGAUUCUAAAAGCCCGGUCCAGUUAGUCCAGAUGCCUGCUGUUAUAGUUGAAAAAGCCAAAGGAAAUGGAGGAGCACCAAGACUAUUUUCAUUCUCGGAUACAUUUACCCAGCGCUUCCAAAAUAAAAGCCCAUUUUUUUCGUGGUGUUGAAAAAAAUAUUCAACAUUAAUUAAAAAAAUUUUAAUUCAGUCACCG